AUGGCCGAGAAAUGCUUGGGCACCUACGAGGAUGCCAUUCGGAUGCUGCAAAAGGGCCAAUCGGAGGAGGCACGGAAGUCACUGAAGGACCUUAUUGACUCGGAACUCUUGCAGACAAUCGACAACAACUCCGAGGUGGCUGCGCGUGGGACUCCAGUCCGCCGCCUUCAAUACUUGGUCUACAUGAACUAUGCCAGCAUUCUCGAGGAGUCAUCGGACAACAUUUCUGCGCUCCAAUACUAUUUGAAGGCGAUCACCUUCGACAACUCUGACAACUCCCUCUGGAUCAAAAUCGGAAUAUUGGCUACAAAGGAGAAGAAAUACAAACUCGCACGUUACUCUCUGGAAUGCGGUCUACAACGGACAAGCGCACUUGGUCUUGCAAACGACUCGGCGGAUCAAAUUAUUUCAUCAGGAAAUUUGCCGGACGGUCAGCUUACUCCAUCCCAGUGGGUCUGCUUGGAGACGCUUUGUGAGGUCCUCUACAUUAUCGGCGAUUAUGUAGCAUGCGAGGAAUAUCUUCGGAGGGCACUACACUAUUCUCCAUACUUUGAGCGCGGUCAGGACAUAUUACAUAUGAUUCGCCAGGGGCUUCAGGAGCAACCCGGCACAGAGAGUAACUUAGACCAUACUGCGCAGGAGGCGCCAUUUUACUUGGACGGAAUUGACUUUGCGCCCAAGCAACUGCAGUUGGAAGAGCCAUCCUGGGAGAGUCUCGGAGAGCAGUUGCUAGCAGAGUACAAACUAUUGACCGCGAAUCCGGAUCAGACAUUUUACAACAGGAAACUAAUCGUACGCGCACCAAAUACCGAGGUAAUGGAAAUAAUUGACGUUGAGAUGGAUGAGACACCGGCGGAGGAGACUGAAACGAUCAAGGACGAAGCUAUCUCAAAAACAGAGGCGACGCCACCAACAGAGGCCAAAUCCAUUGACGAAGCUACGAUGCAGGAGCCAGCAAUAGCCACGUCGGCGUCAAUAUUAACAACAACCGAAGGUGGGGAGACCGCUGACAAGGAAGCAUCAGAAUCUGAGCAGGCGGCUUUGAAGCGGAAACGGAAAGAAAUCGAAGAGCGUUCAGGACUUCGAACAUCCAAGCGUGUCCGGGACAAGUUGGAUCAGUUUGAAGUUACAAAGAAGAAGCGCGAGGAAGAAGAGCUGGAGAUUCUAGCCAAGUACCGCAUUGUGUUGUCCAGGUUCGGCGUGGAUCUCGAGAACGGCUACAUUGCAGGAUCGUCGUCUGGUUCGCUCAAAGUAGAAGAUAUCUUUCCCAGUGGCCUAUCCGGUCUUCUUGUCACAUUCAACAAACACUUGGAACGACCUAAUGCCGUUGUUCAAGCAUCUACCGCCACCGAGCAUGUUCAACAACAAAAGACCAACCACUUUGCAAUAUUUUCAACCGACAAGAGCAACUCACGAGCUGCAGCACCGUUCCAGGACAAUAUCAAGCUGCUUAGCUUUAUCAGCAGGACGAACGAAACCAACUCUGGCGUGGUGGAGUAUCUUUGCGACUACCUUAUGGCUCUGAUGUCAGGACUCACGGGCUCCGAGGCCGAGGCAAACUGGCGGCGGCGAUGGCCUGAUGGCCUGAGGUCAAUUGUUCUCAACGCGGUAUCGUUAAUUGAGGACGAACUGCUGGAGUAUCUGCAUCAGGAGAACAGGACAGACGAGCUAGAUGACCGGCUAGAUCAGCGCGUAAAGUUCGAGAAGAACAAGGGACCUAAGCGAGUAGAUACUGAGCUGAUAGCAAUGCUCGACAAGCACUUUCAGCGUUGGUUGCAACUCGCCGGAUACGAGCUGGAUGUCCCACUCGAUCACUACCUGCAAGGCGUAGAUGAGUCAGGCGUAGACAAGUGGAUCAAGGUCGCUGCUUUGAGGGUCGGUUGGAUGAUGGGGCGGUAUUCCCAGUGCCUUGGAAACCCAAACGAGGCAAUAUCACGGUUCGAGGAUUGUCUUCAGCUGUCGCGCCGUCUCUCUAUUGAGUCCGUCCUAUUGCCGAAUUGUAUGUACGACACCGUUAUCGGCGCUGAGACUAUACUGGAGAGACUGGGGAAACUCAAGACACAUCAGUAUGUCAUGGAAGCGGAGAGACUGUUCGAAGAAAAGGACUUUGUCUCAGUUCUGGCAAGACUAGCGCCCGCGUUCCUGGAGAACAAUGACCCAAUUCAGGAAGUCGUACCGGCUGAAAUAGAAGCCAAACCAGCUGCUGUCAGCCUUGAGGUUAUAGGAGGGUCGCUUUCAGAGAGGUUGGGACUCAUGACACUGCUGUACAAGUCGUGCGAAGCACUCGAAAAUCGUAGACAGCAGUUCAACUGCGCCGUUGAGAUGUUUGUCCUUGUUGCGGAGACCCUUGUGAAUACCGUCACAGACGCGAGUGAGGCAUCAGAGGUUUGGUAUCUCUUUGGAAAAGUUGGCCAAACACUUUGCCUCCUAAGGGAAACUCUGCAGUCGGCGAGUUUGGUGGAAUUGAUGGAGUCGCUCAGGAGUCAGAAACUUCAACGACUUCUCUGCUGCGUCUUGGCAAUGGCGAGACUAGGCUUUGUCAAUAUCCUGCAUCAGGACCGUCUUGUGGACGACGACAUCAAGAUUUCAUACUCGGACCUUCUUAAGAAUCGGCCGCAUCUCGGACAGUUCAACCUUGUUCUUGUUCGCGCAUGGCUCGUUCUCUUGUAUUUACUGCCUGGCUGGAUCCACCCUGAAGCUGAAAAAGACGAAUCAGGAGCGGCGACCAACCAGGAUGAGACUAUGGCAGCACCAUCGCCCCUCAAUACGCACCCACUGGAUCUCCAACAGCUAGACAUGGAUCGCGAGACUGUCCGCCGGGUGCUUUCCCAACCCUUGACAACAAACUCCUCGACUGCCCUUUCACGCUACACUCAACCGUCGCAGGAAUUGUACAUGGAGCUCAUCGCACUCGUCCAUGAUGAUUUCGGCGUCAGAGAGUUCUGUGGAAUUGAUAACAAUCAACUCAUUCAACUGGCGCUCAAGGUUGCCUCCCCCAUGCAAGGAUCGUUUUACCGCAAGGAGGAGAAUCAAUGCUACUAUUGCUUCUAUGGCAUCUCUCUCAGUGUGGAUGGCCAGUACCCGAUUGAGCAUUCCUCUGAGCCAGUGGAUUUCGACAAACAGGCAGCAAUCGAAUUCUACCCUCUUCUGGAACGGUCCUUGUCGAACAGAGCACUACGUGGCCAAGUCCGAGGUGACCUCAAAGACGCCGUCGACAGAGUGGAGGAGGCACUUGGAUCGCCGCCAUACGAACGCUACUCGACCCUGGAGUUCAACCGUCGGCACAUUGAUGGAUAUUUGGCUUCAGAGAUAAACUUUGUAAAAGAGAUCCAGGUGCAUUCAAGGAACGACCUCCUCACAAUGCAGCAGCCUCCGUCGAGCAAGCUCCCUUCGGUCUACCGAAGCAUCUACGCUAUCCAAGGAAAGAUUUUUUUGGCCCAGUUCAAGAACAAGGCCAAGAAUAACCAAUUCAAACCGCUGGAGGACCUACAACACGCGAUCGACCAGUUUCAGACCAACCUCCAUGUCAACCCGUACUGCUGGGACUCGUGGUAUUCGCUGGCGACCUGCUAUGCAUUCCUUGCAGACGAAAACUUGGUGUUCAGCGCUUCGGAUAUCAGGAACAACUUUUCCAAAAUCACCGACCUCCAACGACGAUCCUUCCAUUGUUUUUCCCAGGCAGUGAAGCUGGCGCCCAAGCGGAUAGGACGGAACGGGAAUGACCUGGCACACUUUCUCAAGGAGGAGAAGGACACGGUGGCGGACCUUGGUGUCACCUGGGAUGAGUCAGUCCUAGCAAGCCAGAUGACAGAUAAAGGUCAUUCGGGCGAUGAAUCGAGCGAUAGCGACUUCACAGCAAAUACAUCAGAGGCUAGUGGCAGUGAUCAGGAGUGGGUUCAAAAGCAAGCUACCUUCUGGUUCGAUUUCGGCAACCUUGUUCAUGGUAUCAUGUCCAAGCCUAUGAGAAUGGAGGCCAUGCGACGAACGGACGACGAGGAGCUGUCGGAAUCAGAGGAAGCCACUGUCGUCCCGGUAAUGGAGCCAACUGAAGCACAGGUGUACAGAUUUGCGUCGUUUUGCUUCAAGAGGUCGCUGCUCCUGGACAGUCGAAACUGGAGGUCGCUGUUCAUGCUGGGAAAGUGUAUUGAGAAAUUAGGAGGCAAGCCCAGAUCCGUCUUGGCUCUCUACAGGAUUGCGGCCGAAAAGGUGCCGCCUCGGUCAGGACAGCCUGGUAACGAGCGUAUUUACGAUGCCGCCUACAAGACCAUAUCAACAUUGUCAAAGUAUCUCGCCCAGGACAAGAUCACGGCAUCGGACGCUGAGACCAUCAUGACUAUGACCUUGGCCAAGUCCAAGCUGAGUGUUGCCGAUCGAGAGUCGUUCAUUUUCGAACCACCAAAGGAUUUUCUCGAGUCGGCCCAAUCCGACCCACCUAGCGAGGCUGAUAUCCAGAAUAACAACAAACUGCGCGCGUACCGACUACUCUGCGAAGGAUUGGCUCGAAUCCGACAUGCCGACAAGCGACACUGGCAUCAUCGACCAGUGUACAGACAAGCGUGUAUUCUGCAUGAAGUCUACCACGAUGUCGAGCGUGCCAAGUCUGAGAUCCUGAGCCUGUUCCAAAUCAAGAGCAACCAAAAGACGCUGGUGAGCUCAGUCUGGAAGCCGGAAUUUGAACGGAGCGGCAAGCAUUUUGUGUAUGUCGGAGAGUACACGCGCUUCCUGAUCGUCCUUGCCAGGGAAACGCAUGAUGUCGAGCUUCUCAACAGUCUUGCGAGAAAGAUUCGUCGCGCCCAUGGUUUACUACUGGACCUGAAGGAGAUCUGGGAACUACUGUAUGAGUCGUAUCUGGCGAUCCUUGCAGGCCUUGUUGGAUCUGAUCCUAUUAUACCCGUUGCCGAGGUCGUCCCCAGAACCGAUUUCAGGGAGAAGGCUGCCAUCUACGAAACAAAGAUGUUUGACCAGGAAUCUCAGCUGCCAGGCCUGGUGUUGUUACAGCGACUCUGUGAGCUGAAGAAGCUGAACGACAAAAUGGCACCGGAGGGUCAGAUGGCGCACCUGUUGGCGGUUUGCUAUAGCAAGCUUUUCAUUGAGGUCGGUGGGGUAGACAUGUACCCCAAGGAGUUGCUGGAUCGACUUGAGAACCAGACGGAAUACGCCAAACAGGAGGAGAAGGAAAAGGAGCUGAAGGAUGCGAAUGGGGCAGUGGAUGCGGCAACACCAUAUCAAAUCGCAUCACGGAAGUACGGUUCAAAUGGCGAUGAGUCGAAUGAUGAGGAAGGCGAGGUUGAGGAGAUUGCUGACCAGCCCAAGGACAAGGACACCACUGUCGGCGAAGAUCUGACGAUGAUUGAGUCUGAGAAGUCAAAUGGCGACAAGCAGGGCUCCUCGCCCUCAUCAACUUUAGUGGCAGAACCUGGAAAGAGCCUUACUUCGACUGUUGAUCUUUCGACCGACAUACAGCCAGCAACGACCAAUGACGACUCUAACCUUGCGGAUGCAAAUUCAGGCUCAGCACCUGUGCCACCAACUGAUCAGUCUCCAGAGACGACCGACGUGACGAUGGCAGAUACGACAACAAGAGAUGCGGGGGUGGUCGACUCUACUGACGUGGAGAUGUUAGCGCCUGCUCCAGAGACAUCUGGCCAAUCGGAAGAUCGCGAUGUGGCGUCUACAGAGGCAACAGCUGCAAUAGAACCACGACCCACGAUGGAGGAUUGGGAGACUCGAAAGAAGAUCAGCGAAGCUGAGCUGGCCUCCAGGGCGACAGCCAUGUGCAAGGCUCCUCCUCCCUCACUCAAGGCGCCUCAAACACUCCAGAGUAAACUCGCGGAACAGGACCAUGCUACCGACGGCGGUUUCGAUAGUGGCGCGGAGGCUGGUCCGGAGAAUGGCUAUGCGGACGACAAGCGGACUCCUGUAGAGACCACGAAUGGCAGUGCCGAUGUUGCUAUGGAGUCUCGUGAUGAGGAUCCAGGUGUCAGCAAUGGAGACAAAGAACAAAGAGAUACGGAGGUCAACGGUGCCAAGGACACCGACAGCGAGAAGGAUGAUGCAGAUGGUGCUGGUGCAGACGAGGACGAGGGCUCUGAAGUCGGCGAGGAGGUCCAGGAAGAAAACAACGGUGAUGAGAAGGACCAGGAGGAUGGCGAUGACGAUGAAAGCGAUGACAGUAAUGAAGAGCAAGACGAGGAGGAGGAUAGUGGAGAAAGCGAGAAGAAUGAUACGGAGGACAUGGAGGAAGAUGGUGAGAGGGAAGGCACGGAGGCAGGUGAUGAGGACUCUAAUUCCGACUCUGACGAAGGCGAGGAUGAUGAUGAGGGGGACUCUGAGGAGGAGGACUCUGAUGAAGACAUGGAAGAUAAUGAUGCAGAGGAAGACUUGGAAGGUGAUAACUCGGACUCGGACGAGGAAGCCGAGGGAUCUGAUGAAGAAGGAGAUGAGUCGAACACUGAGGAGGCUGGAGAAGCCGAAGAAGCAGCAGAUUCGGAGGAAGUCGAGAGUGAAGGUCAGGAGGACGAGGAGGAGGAGGAGGAGGAAGAAAAAGAGGAGAAGGAGAGCGAUGAUGAGAAUGAGGGGGAGGAGGAGGAGGAGGAGGAAGAGGAGGAGGAGAAGGAGGAGGAGGAGGAAGAGGAGGAGGAGGAGGAGGAGGAGGAGGAGAUUGAAGCGGUUGCGGUUGGACCAGAUAACUCCAAGGACAAAUCCGACCGUGAUGGGCGCCGGAGCGGUGGCGGCAGCAGUGGCAGACGCAAGAAGUUCUGA